AUGUCUCGCGUGUCAACGACGCGAAUCUUUUGUCGUCUCUAUGCCACAGAAUCUUCACUUCCGAAAGUGGACCAUUCCCAUUAUGGCCUUCAUCUGUGGCCCAGAAGCAAAAAACCGACUCCCCACGAAAUAUUCAAUGUCACGGCAGAUUACCUGAACAGGAAAGAGUACGAGAAAAGUCUCAAGGCGACGUAUCAGAAAUUCAUCAAGCUCUACCACCCCGAUCGGUGUGCAACACACGAUGUUAUAGACGGAGCAGGAAAAGCGUUGCUGGCAACGCAGAAAAGACAGCGUUUCGACGAGAUCCAGAACGCGUACGACAUCUUGAAAGACCCAAGCCAGUCUGUUGCCUACCAGCGGUACCAGAACACCACGUGGGGCUCGUACCAGCGGGGAAAAACCGAUUCUUUCAACGCCUACAGAAUGGCCAACGCCCACCGGGCAAAGUACUCGUACCACCAGGACCCCAAGUUCUGGCAGGCAGGCACAUGGGAAGACUACUACCAGAUGCGGUACGGCCGAAGUGCGCCGACGCGAGAAGAGUGGGAGAAAAACAAGUGGAAGAUUCUUUGGAAGGUUUUGGCGGUGGCGUCUGUUGUUGUGGCGCUACAGAUCAUGUUGGCGGUGGAACGAACGGCCGAGUUCAACCGCCAGAUCCGCAUGAUGAACCUACGCUCGAAUGCCGAUCUUUCCGAAGCCUACAACAAUUACGACGAGGGCCAAACGCGGUUCCAGCGGAUUCGCCGUUUCUUGUUGUACCGGCGUCUGGGCUUGGAGACCAGGGACGACGACGGUAUCAAAAAAGAGGAGAACGAGAUGUUGACCAAAUAUGCCCAGCGGAAAGUGGCGGCCCUAGAGGAGUAG